AUGAUUGGAUUUAAUGAAGAUGUUAUGAGGUCAUUGGUGGAUGAUGGUAGUGUGGAACAUAAAUGGGAUAGCUAUGACAACACACAUUUCUUAUGUGGUUUUCCAACAGAAGUGGACUUUUGCUUCCAGCAAGGUCAAACAUCUACUGCUCCAAUAACAUACAAAUUGUCUGUUAAAGGACCUAUUGAACUAGCAACUGAAAAUGUACCAAAGCCACUUAUUGGAUUUAUGAGGGAUUGUUGCUUUGCAAUACAAGUAAGACAGUCAGGCAUACCAAUAAUAAGACUUGACGACUAUAACUUAGCAACUGACGACAGUGAGGAAUAA